AUGGAGUUAAACAACCCAGGGGGCUUUCGCUCCCGACGCUCAUACCCCAACCUCCACCACGUCUCCCUCGCUCCACUCACCCCCCGAUUCCCCAUAGACGACGACAUCGAACCAACAGACUACUUCAGUCCACGCGACACUCUCGAACCAACAACUAGCGGAUCCAAAACACCCCCACGAACUUCGUACUUCUCCAGCGUCUCCGUCCCCAGCACUCCACCCAUCCUCUCACAUUCGCGAAGUACAUCUCGCACCCGGCACCACCACCGAAGCAAAAGCUCCAGCCGCGCCACAACAUUCAGCGAUUUAAACCUGCAAUCGCAUUCCAGGGAACUCUCUCUCCCAAUCCACCACCAGAGUCAACAUCAGCAUAAGAAAACAUCCAGUUCACCCCAUAUACGCCGACAGCAGAGCGAAUCCGCCCACAGCCAUGCCCAUGCCCAACCCCACACCACCAAAUCAGACGCAGAAUGGAUGCUCCGCGCCGGAAUAGCCCUCGCCUCCUCGACCCGUGAAGAAAAAGGCCAAAGCUGGCUAUCCAAGCGCGAAAGUUCGACCAGUCUCGUCUCCGAGAUCCCCAUCGACAAUGAGACGGCGCCGCAUCAUCGGCACCACUGGCGCACGAAGUCGGGGUCAUCGCGAAAGUCUCGGCCUGGGUCCGGUGCGUCGACGCCAGGAGGGAUGACUCUUUCUAGACGGAGUUCUCGAUCUAGAGGGACGAGUCGACGGGGGAGUCGGGCUGGUCUUACUAUGACUACUUUGCCACUUACUACUACUACCACUACUACUACUGCGUCGACAUCGUCUAUGGUGGCGGUUGGGGCUACGGGGCCUGUGGCGCAGGGUCUUGAGGCUGAUUUUGUGGAUGAGCGGAUUCGGGCGGAGAUGGCUUCGUUGCAGCGGCGGGAUGGAGAUGGAGAUGGAGAUAGAGAUGAUUAUUACGGGGAUGGCGUUGAAGAGGAUGAGGAGUACUGGGAUGGAGAGGAAUAUGGCGAUGAUGAGUCCGAAUACGAUUAUUCUACCGAUGAGACGCCGGAUGAAUUCGACGAAGCUGAUUUGCAGCGACUUACACAGCCGCUGGCUGGAAGUAGUCUCGAGCAGGAUGAGGUUCAUGAUAAUUUGUCCAUGGCCUCUGCGGAGCUGGAUCGGUAUUCUGAUAUUGAUUCUGUCUCCCUUGCGGAGGGUGAGCCGGUUGUUGUUGAGAAGCCUGGGGAGGAGGGUGGAUGGGAGGAUGCGAGUUGGUUGUUCCGGGUUGUGAAGCGUGCCAUCAUCUAA